UGCGCUAGCAUACGGUACACAUCAUAGUCUCGAUUGUGCCAUCCAGUAUUCCAGUAUCUAGUUCUCGUAUGCUCCACUACCACUUGCAACAGUACUCGUAUUUCAGAUCUAUAUAAGUCUCCUAGGGGUACUUGUUAAUGAAAAAUUGUGUACUCAUCCAGGUUCACGCACAAGCUAUCAAUCCGUCAUGCAACCGGCUUAUCAUUAUCAGAGGAGGAUGGUUGCUUCGAGCAAGACCAUCAAGGUCGGGCCGUGGGGAGGCGCCGCCGGGAGCCCGUGGGACGACGGCGCGCACCGCGGCGUCCGGCGCAUCAUCCUGACGUACGGGAGGUUCCUCGAGUCGAUGAGGGUGGAGUACGACGACAGGAGCGGCCGGCCGGUCCUCGGCGAGAAGCACGGCGGCGGCAGCGGCGGAGACGGCAGAGCAGGAGGCAGCCGCACUGCCGAGGUGAAGCUGGACUACCCGUACGAGUUCCUGACCGGCGUCAAAGGCCGCAUGGGCCCAGUGGCGCGCGGCUCGCCGGUGAUCCGGUCUCUCACGUUUCGGACGAGCAAGGGGGCGGUGCACGGGCCGUUCGGGGACCCGGUGCCGCCGGGGGACGGGGUGCCGUUCGAGUACCCGAUGGAGCGCGGCGUGGUGGUCGGGUUCAGCGGGAGGAGCGGGUGGUGGCACCUCGACGCCAUCGGCCUGUACGUCGCGGCGCUGCGUGCUGAGACGCUCUGCGACGUGGUGCAGGAGCGCGGCGCCAUGGCGUACCGGUCCGUCGUCUACGGGAACGGGGGCUCAGGAGCGCAGCUGCAGAGGAGGAAACCGUUCGAGUGGUGCUACAAAUAAAAAAAAUCUUUUCUUUGAAAUAAAACAUUUUAUCGACUUGUAAUUUGGCCGAACUACCGCGUUGUGGUUGUGAUUA